UUCACUACCGUAUAGCGCGAAAUUUUCGAGGGGCUUAAUUUUCGUGGAUUUCGUGGGUUAGCAAUCCUACACGAAAAUUAAGUCCACGAAAAUCGUUCUUUACCUGCUAUAACGUGCAAGAUUUAAAGGAGUGGCUUCCGGUAGCAGUCAUUCCGCGAACAUUGUGCAACGAAAUGGCUUUUAGAGGCCAAUCCACGAAAUAUAAGUGCCUCGAAAAUUUCGCGCUAUACGGUAUUAAAAUACGAGCCGAAAUUCUUAAAUCUGAGAUUCUAGCCCAUCGCUCCAAGGUAGUCAGUAAAGUUCUCGAAACGGUGAAAGAUGUUUGUCCCAAUAUUGUGGUUGUGGAAUCACUGAUUGAUCCACAGGAAGUUGUCAGUCAUCCUCUAAAACCUUCCUCAGAGCUCACUCUGUUUAGUGUCAGAGAUCUUUCUGCCGCUGUCAUCUCUCAAAAAGAAGCUGUGAAAUCCGUUCAUCAAGCUCUUUCACUGAAACGCCUUCUCCAGUUUGAGCCGUAUGCUGGUUUAGACCAAAAUACUCUACUGUGUAUUCACAGUGACAAGAAUGUCAUAAAAGAUGAACAGAUUUCAAACGCCUUCGUUUCUAAUUUCGCUACACAAAUUUCCGAUCCAAACAGUAUUCUCAUGUGCAGAAGAAUCCUGAGCCAAUCUCGAGCUUCUAGUGUCAACAUUCAGUCGGUCAGUCCCAGACAGGAGGUGGUCCAGGCCCUUGAGACCUGGAGGAGUGAGACUGAGGGAACUUACAGCUGUCUGAGGGAAACUCUCAACAAGUACAGUGUCUUCACUGGGAGAAACCCUCUUGACCUAGCUGGUGUGGCUCAUGAUGAUAUUAAUCCCUCUGUGUUUAGUAUCAAUGGUGAUGAGCAAAAGGAUCCAGGGACUACCAGCGUCCAUGAGUUGAUGGUCAAGUAUGGAGUCACUGACGAGCAGUUGGAUCGAGAGAUUAAACAAGACGACAUUGCUCCAGUAGCUAUGCACUUUGAUGAUGUGGAGCUCUACCUCAACCCACUGAAGCUGACUGACAAUGAACAAGCUGACGUGAAGCGAGAGACUUAUUUAAGUAGAAGCAAUCGAGUGGCAGUGAUCAAUAGUUUGUCAAUCUGGAGAGGUCACAAACCCAGCGAAGCAACCUUUAGAGCACUGAUAAGUAUCUUAUUGAAUCUGGGGAAGGAAGAGAUUGUUACCAAGAUCUACCAGUACUUGAAAAGGUAG